AUGGAGACAAUUAAUAACAAAAUACAAUGUUGCAUUUGUAAUAAACACAAAAUCACGUACCCUUGUCAAGGCUGUGCAAAUCAAUUCUGUUAUGAGGAUUUAGCCCAACAUCGACAGAAAUUAAACGAAGAUUUCGAUGAGAUCAUUCGUGAUUACGACCAAUUCCGAGAGAACAUCCAUCAACAAAAACAAAUCCCUCAAGUGUCUCAUUUGUUUUACCAAAUCGAUCAAUGGGAAAGAAAUUCGAUUGAAAUUAUUCAAAAAACAGCAGAGCAAUGUCGGCAAGCAUUAGUCGAGAAGAUCAAAGUGUUUAUUAUCGAUAUCGAAGAAGAGGUCAACAACUUGAUCGACGAAAUCAAACAAUUUCAGCGCGAAAAUGAAGCCAAUGAAACCAAUCUGGAACAUUUAAAAGAUCAAUUACGUAAAAUUGCAAAUGAGUUUAAUAAUCCCUCAACGAUCUCCCUCGACGAAAGUUCACAAAUAGUUAUUUGGAAAAUUUCAAUUCAAUCGAUAAAAAAAUUUAAUCUCAAUAUCUGGAAUCAGAAUGCUGUGACAAUAGCAGGAGGCAGUGGAUUCGGCGAGAAGCUGAACCAACUGUCAGCUCCGUUUGGAAUUCGUAUUGACAAAAUGAAAAACGUCUUCAUCGCGGAUUGGGAGAACGAUCGCGUCAUGAAGUGGAAACCGAAUGAAAAUCAGGGAACGAUUGUUGCAGGUGGAAAUUCGCGAGGAGGAAAACUUGAUCAAUUGAACGAGCCAACAGAUGUGGUGGUCGACGAAAUCAAUAAUUCGUUGAUCAUUGCUGACAAAGGGAACAGGCGAGUGGUACAAUGGCGGGAUGGAAAUCAACAGGAUGUUUUCAUUGAUAACAUUCACUGUUCUCGGUUAGCUAUAGAUAAAGAAGGCUUGCUUUACGUUUCGGAUUGGAGAAAAAAUGAAGUGAGAAGAUGGAAAAUCGGAGAGAAAGGAAAAGGAACAGUAGUAGCUGGUGGAAAUGGCCGAGGAAAUCAACUGAAUCAACUCAACUCUCCUUGUUUCAUCUUUGUUGAUGGUGAUCAAUCAGUUUAUGUUUCGGAUCGUUUGAACCAUCGCGUGAUGAAAUGGAGAAAAGAUGACCGAGAAGGAAUUAUUGUUGCUGGUGGUAAUGGACAGGGUGAUGAUCUUAAUCAACUGAGUGGUCCACAAGGAGUAGUUGUUGAUGAUUUUGGACAAAUUUAUGUUUCAGAUUGUUAUAAUAAUCGAAUAAUGCGUUGGCGUGAAGGUGAUGAAGAAGGUGAAACAGUUGUCGGUGGACGUGGAGAAGGAGAGAGACCGCAUCAGUUGUAUUGUCCGACUGGUUUAUCAUUUGAUGCUGAUGGUAAUCUUUAUAUUGUGGAUCUCGGGAAUAAUCGAGUUCAAAGAUUCGAUUUGAUUUUUGAAUAA